AUGGAGAAGAGAGUUGCGGUGAUGAUCAUGGUGAUGGUGCUAUGUUGGUGUUGGAGUAAUAGUGGUAGUGCAGAGGAUGUGGUUGAGAAUGCCAACGAGAGAGUGAAUUUGGCGGCGGAAGAUGCAAGGAUCAAGGCGGAAGAGAUGAAGGAUGGUGCUGCAGAAACCAUGCAAGAUGCUAAGGAGACAGGAAAGUCUUGGACUAAUUGGGCUUCUGAAAAGUUCACUGAUGGAUUUGGAUUCAAUCAAGAAAAUCUGAUGGAUAGAGCUGGAGAUGCUGCCUCAAAGACUACAGAUGCUAUGAAUUCUGUUGCAUCCGAAACUUCAAGGUAUGUCUCUCAAAAGGCUGGUGAGGCAGCAGACAUGGCCUACGAGAAGGGAGGUGACAUGAGGGACCUUGCUUCAGAGAAAGCUGAACGAGCCAAGGAAAUGGCUUCCAAUAUUAAAGAUAGCGAUGCCAUGGAAACAAUGGCUGGAGCAAUGGAAUAUGGAAAAGAUAAAAUCGAGGGUGCCUAUGAUGAUGUUAGACAGAAGUGGGACAUUGCUAAAGACAAAGCUUCAGAUGGAGCGAACAUUAUCGAGGAAACAAUGGGCGGAGCAUUAGGAUAUGGGAAAGAUAAAGCAGCAAAUGCGUAUAGUGAUGCUAGCCAGAACAUGAACACAGUCAUGGAUGAGGCUUAUGAUGCUAAAGAAAGAAUGGGGGAAGCAGUGAAUUACGGAAGAAAUAGAGCAGCUGAUGCCUAUAACAAGGUUUCAAACAGUGCCUCAGAUUGGGCUAGUGAUGCCAAAGAGGCUGCAUCAGGAGCAAUGGAGUAUGGAAGAGACCGAGCUGCAGAUGCUUAUGAUGAAGCUAAGAAGCAUACGAAAGCAGAUUUAAACAUGGCUUCAGAGAAGGCAGGUGACGCGAAGGAUGCAAUAUCGGAAGCAAUGUGGUAUGGAAAAGAGAAAGCCACUGAUGCCUAUGAUGUAGCCAAAGAGGAGAUUUCCAAGACUUCAAAUACUGUCUCGGAGAAGGCUAACAAGGCCAAGGAAGCGGCGGCAGGAGCAAUGGGGUACGGAGGAGAUGGUGAGAGAGAUGCUUUUGAUGAAGCUAAAAUUAAGAUUGGGGAGGCAUAUGUGUCAGCCAAGGACUCUAUGACUGAUCAGGCAAAGACCAACUAUGAAGCUGCCAAGGAGAAGCUGUCAAAAGCCACUGGUGAUCUUGGAGAUAAGAUGAGAAAGGAGACUGCUGAACUUUGA